AACAUAUAACCACAGGGCUAACUGUUGAGCUUGAAGCAGAGACAGGUGUGAUAAUCCGUUAGCAAACAUGUUUCUCUCAGCUGCACUCUCCUCCACAACUUCCCACCUCACUAUCCUCCCUUCUCUCAUCACUUCCACAACCUCUCCACUUUCUCGCAGAUUUUCCUUUACUUUCCUAGAAAACAGAAACCCAACAACCACAACAACCCUCUUCCCUUACAAGCAGAGACUCUUGGUAAAGUCUCAGGCUACUGCACCUGCUUCUUCUGAGGCAGUGAAAGUGUCACCUGUACCUUCUGAGAUGAAAGCGUGGGUCUAUGGGGAAUAUGGCGGUGUGGAUGUUUUGAAAUUUGAUUCCAAUGUUGCUGUGCCUGAUUUGAAGGAGGAUCAGGUCCUUGUUAGAGUUGUUGCUGCAGCUCUUAACCCUGUUGAUGCCAAGAGAAGGCAGGGGAAGUUCAAAGCCACUGAUUCUCCUCUUCCGACUGUUCCGGGCUACGAUGUUGCCGGUGUGGUGGUGAAGGUUGGCAGUGAAGUAAAGGAGUUCAGAGUGGGUGAUGAAGUAUAUGGAGAUGUAAAUGAGAAAGCACUAGAAGGGCCUAAGCAGUUUGGAUCUCUGGCUGAGUACACAGCUGUUGAGGAGAAAUUGUUGGCACCAAAACCUAAGAAUUUGGAUUUUGCUCAAGCCGCUUCUCUUCCUCUUGCAAUUGAGACUGCUUAUGAGGGUUUGGAGAGAACUGGAUUUUCUUCUGGUAAAUCCAUUCUUGUCCUAAAUGGUUCAGGUGGAGUUGGAAGCCUUGUUAUUCAGCUUGCUAAGCAAGUUUUUGGAGCUUCAAGAGUUGCUGCAACUUCAAGCACUAGAAAUUUGGAGCUUUUGAAAAGCCUGGGAGUUGAUUUAGCUAUUGACUACACAAAGGAGAACUUCGAAGACUUACCAGAGAAAUUUGAUGUUGUUUAUGAUGCCAUCGGGCAAUGUGACAGAGCAGUGAAGGCGAUCAAAGAAGGUGGUAGUGUGGUAGCACUCACAGGUGCUGUUACACCACCUGGCUUCAGAUUUGUAGUAACUUCCAAUGGAACUGUUCUGAGGAAAUUAAACCCUUAUUUAGAGAGUGGAAAGGUGAAGCCAAUUGUAGACUCCAAAGGUCCAUUCCCUUUCACCCAACUAGCUGAAGCCUUCUCUUACCUUGAAACAAACCGAGCUACUGGAAAGGUUGUUAUACAUCCCAUCCCAUGAAUUAAAUAAAAGUAAUAGUCAAUUUUGCUAUGUGUCUUGUAGUGUUCACUGUUCACACUAUGAGUAAAUGUAAAUCAGAGUUCAGAUAACAGCUGCAAAAUAUAUAGCUUCACUCUUACAUUCA